CUCGAUGUGCUCUUUCUAAUCAUGACCUUUGCUAUCAAAAUUGAUGACCAAUAUUCCUAAAAGCCCAACACAUUGACGUUGGGGUCCAGAACAACAAAAUGCCUUCCGUUGGGGGCGGCGUGGACCGCUUGGUAAGCUGUUCUUCACGACUCCAUCAACCCGCGUAUAUAAAAGUACGCCAAGUUGGAUUGUCACCUAUCCAGUACACUUCGAGGCUACUUGAGCAGUGAAACAACAUCUUCAAACCCUUCAAAAUGGUUUCUGGUGGCUGCUUUUGUGGAAAAGUCCGAGUCGAGUGCAGUGGAGACCUCACCACGUCGGCUCUCUGCCACUGCUCUGGCUGUCGCAAACUCACCGGAACUCUGUUCACCUACAGCUUUAUUGUCAAGUCCGCCGAUCUGAAAGUCACCGGUACUCCUAAAGAAAUCGCGAAGACUGCGGACAGCGGCAACCAUAUCAAAAACUAUUUCUGCUCGGAUUGCGGCACUCCGCUCUACGGGUACAAAGUGAAGCCCACUGGAGAGCCCGAGGAUAUAACAAUCCUCCGGGCGGGAAUUCUUGAUGAUGUUAGUCUUCUGGAUCAGAGAAAACCUCAGGUGGAAAUCUACACAGAAAGUCGUAUAGCUUGGGUCUGUCCUCUUGAGGGGGCUGGUCAAUUUACCGGUAUGUUGCCGAUAUGAGCAAUCUGGAAGCUCUCAGACGGAAGUAUUUUUCGAUGGCACUUUUUACUUUUGUACAAUAGACAUAUAAUCUCAUAUUUCACUAAGGUGUGCAUCAUUC